CUCCCAUUUCUUGUUGGCUGUCAAGUCUGGUAAUUUAACUGACGUGAUGGAAAGAUCUAGGUUGUAUAAAAACAAAGAUAAGGACGCUGAGGUAAAUUUUUAGAUAUUCAAAUGUCGAUUUUAGGAACUUCGGAGGCGUCGUACUGAUCAGUCUGUUGAACUUCGCAAAGCUAAGAAGGAUGAACAACUUCAGAAGCGAAGAAACAUACUGUUGACCGAACUAGAUGAAACCUCACCCUUGAAAGAAAAGCAAAUUGAUACUCCUGAACAUGUUAACUACGAUGCAGUUAUCCGUGAUAUGCAAUCAAGUGAUCGAGUCACUCGAUUCAAAGCAGUUCAACUCUGCAGAAAAACCCUAUCACGCGCAAAAAACCCUCCAAUAGACGAGUUUUAUAAGAGGGGAGCUGUCGACAUUCUGGGUUCAUCCCUUAGUUCCACUCACGAUGACCUUGUUUUCGAGGCUGCAUGGGCACUCACAAACAUUGCGUCUGGUGAUAGCUCUCAUACAGCAGCCGUCGUUUCCUCUGGGACUGUCCCAAAACUGGUACGGCUGUUAAAUCAUUCUGCCGUCAAUAUAGCUGAGCAAAGUGUAUGGGCUCUAAGUAAUAUUGCCGGAGAUGGAUCCAAAUUCCGAGAUAUAGUUAUCGAGAGUGGAGUUAUUGAACCAGUGUUAAAACUUCUAGAUCGAGUUUGGAAACAGCCCACAGUGGUAUCAAACAUUGCCUGGAUGUUAUCUAAUCUCUGUCGAAACCGAGAUCCUCCUCCGCCACGUGCCGUCAUUAAAAAGCUUUUGCCUAUUCUUAAUCGACUUCUUCAGUAUGAGGGUAAUAAGAAUGUUGUUGUAGAUACCGCAUGGGCUCUUUCAUACGCGAGUGAUGCCAUAAAUGAAUUUAUCGAUGAUAUAAUAGAAAGUGGAUGUGUGCCGUUACUUCUGCGGCAGUUGGCAUCGUCAUCCGCGAAUCUCAUUUCUCCCUCUCUCAGAGCCAUUGGUAAUCUUGUCAUCGGUACUGAUGAACAAACACAAGCUAUUCUGGAUGCUGGCUUACUAACUUAUAUCCCUGCAUUGUUAAACAGUGAAAAGUCUACUGUGGUCAAAGAAGCCUGUUGGGUAGUGAGUAACAUUACCGCCGGAAGUGUAGAUCAAAUUGAUAUGAUUAUAAGUCACAACAUCAUGCCAUGCAUUUUGGAGAUCCUUUACAAGGGUGAAUUCAGAACUCAAAAAGAAGCCUGUUGGGUUAUCAGUAAUUUUAUUAGCGGUGGGACUCCGGCGCAGUGUGCAUAUUUGUUGAACCAAAAUGUUUUAAAAGCACUUUGUAAUAUACUCACGGUCUCCGAGUCGAAGGUUGUACUUAUGGUUUUAGAGGGAAUAAAAAAACUUUUAGAGAUUUCUGAUCAGUAUGGUCAAUUAGAACCAGCCUGUAUCGAGUUAGAAACAUGUGGAGGCUUGGAUAAGUUAGAAGAACUUCAAGACCAUAGUAACGUUCAAGUCUAUCAAGUUGCUUACGACUUAAUUGAAAAGUACUUCAAUGAUGCGGAUGAUGAAAACGAAAGCAAAGUCGUGGCUGGUGAUGGCACAGAGAAUAAUGAAACUUUUCCUCCAAGUUCAGAACAAGAAUUCCAGUUUAUUGCUCCCGAUGGGACUUCAGGACAAGGUGGUGACUUUCAGUUUUAAGUUAGAAGUUACUUCGACGCUAACUUCACAUCCAAAUUAUCAGAGUUUCUAAAUAGAUUACUGGUAUAUGAACGAUGAUAUUCUUGGCCACUUGUAUAAUCUUGACUUCCCCACAUUGUGGUAACCAACAAUAGUCAUGUUCCUUCUCCAUGUUUUUCUCGACAAAUUGGAACUUCUACUCAGCAAUCAAGUGACUAAGAUCUAAUGUGAAAGUACCGGAUUUCUGUAAGUUGUUUGCUUUGAAAAAUGAAAGAUGUGUGGGUAUUUCAAAACAAUCAUUUCAGUCCUGAAAGCUGGUUUUAUGUAAUAUUAACGCUGGUACCAUGAA